CUGUAAAGUAGAAACUAAAGGCAACGCAAGAUUGCCGCCAGCCAAGAGCGAAGACCAUCAUAGACAAAACAAACCCAUUGUAUAUGGGCUUGAUUACUCGGAUUCAAAACCUUGAAAGGUCUGGGAUAUGGGUAUUGAGAAAUAGUUUGAAGAACGCAGUUCAGGAUAUCCAGAGACAAAAAGAAAACGCGGAAAAGAAAGAAAAAGAUAAAUUGAAUUCGCUUGGUCAAAGAUAUGUUGUAAAAGGUCAUAAAUCCCAACCAGAUACAGCAUUUUUUUUGUCUACGAGAUGGGAUGAAACAACUAAGGCGCUGGAAGAUCUAUUUCGCACAAAUCAGAUCAAUGAUUCGCUUUCUAUCGUUUUGAUUGAUCAACCGUUUUCGAUUACAGACAAAGUAAUUCGAAUGCUAACUCACAGAGGCUUUAUGCGAGCUUCUUUAUACGAAUUGACGACCAGACGCUUUGGACUACAACAAAAAGGUGGAAAGGUUUAUCUUUCAAAAGUUCCUUUCCCAUUUAGGUAUGACCUUCUACUGAAAAAUGAAGAGGAGAUGGAACCAAUGGAUCAAGACUUAUAUAAGACGAUGGAUUUAGUUAAGCUAAUCUUUAAUUCGGAAGAUAUAAAAGCAAAUUGCAUUCCGUAUAAGAAUUUACUUGUCUACAAGUUGCUGGAUUUAGCAACGUUACCUUCUAUUGUAGCUCUCGAAUUGCUCUAUUCUUGUCGCGGAAAUCCUACGCGCACGCAAGCUCAAUUUGAAUACUUACAGAAAUACCUUCUGGAGAAUAUGGCAAUCAUUACCAAGCUUCCUAUAUCCAGGUAUUUGAAUUUCUCUCGAUACAAUACCCCUCGUUUCUAUCGUGUAGGAUGUCACACAAAGUCCAUCUUCCGAAACGUUCCCUUGAAUCAGCUGUUAAAUCACAAUGAAGUAUUAACAAUGCUUGAUUUUUUAAUAUCAAAAGGGAAUGAGUUGCAACUGCCGACUACCUAUAAUUCUUUCCUUCGUGAUGUUUUAAAGUAUUCUAAUAAACCAACGAACCGACCAAUGCCCAAAACCUCUAAUAGCGAUCCUGUCAUAUAGGACAUCCAACAGAACAGUACUUGCGAACUAAUGAUGCAUCUACCUAAAAAAAUCUGGUUUUGAAAGGUAUAUGAUAUGCUCAUCAAUAGCAAUAAAAUGUAUAAUUAAUAUUGUUAGCUAGUUAAUGACAAUAAGUUUACUUUUGUGAUUCCAUGGUUUGCC